AUGUCCGAAAAACAAAGAUUGGCAUUCGCAAUGACGAUCGAUAAGUCACAAGGUCAAACGUUGUCUGUUUGUGGCUUAGAUUUGGGUACACCAUGCUUUUCCCACGGACAACCAUAUAUGGCAUGUUCUCACGUGGGAAAACCAUCCAGUUUGUUUGUAUUGGCUAAAAAUGGACUGACCAAAAGUAUUGUACACUCCAUUGGGCUGGGAGAUUAA